AUGCCGCCGCCGCCGCCGCCGCAGGCGAACGGGGGGAAGGUGACCCCGAACCUGGCGAUGGACGCCGAGGCCACGCGCAUGCUCAACCUCACAGUCCUCCAGCGCCUCGACCCCGCCGUCGAGGACAUCCUCAUCACCGCCGCGCACGUCACGCUCUACGACUUCAACAUCGACCUCAACCAGUGGAGCCGCAAGGACGUGGAAGGGUCGCUGUUCGUCGUCAAGAGGAACUCCCAGCCGAGGUUCCAGUUCAUUGUCAUGAACAGGCGCAACACUGGUAAGCACAUUGCGAUCUGCACUGAUUUCCUCGCCUGUUGCUUUGGUCGUUAG